AUGGGUGCUGCAGCCUCGAAACAGAAUGCCGCUGCAUCGACAGUACCCCCCGUCGAAGACAAGCAGGCCUCUCCCCUCCAGUUCGGUCGCUCUCUACUAAAUCAACUCGAUAAGUCCUCGAUUGACAAUGUCUCCGGUCCUGACUCCUCGCGUCAGGUAACGCUCGAUAGUUCGAUCCAGGCCAAGAUCAAAUCCGAGCUCGAACGCCUACGUAAAGAGGAGGCCGAUGUACGUGCCGAGAUCGAAAAGGCCAUUGAGAAAGAAAACUUGGCCAAGGAGUCCAAGUACCGUGGUCAGUCGGAAGGCAAGAACUCGAACGUCUUGCGUCAGGAACUCGACCAGCUCAGAAACAAGAUCGAUAAAUACAACAAGAAAAAGGACAUUUCGAACUAUGCUGGUGUCAAGGAAGCCCAGGAGAACUUGGUCAAGUGCUACAAGACGCAGCCGGACAGAACGUUGGAUUGCUGGAAGGAGGCAGAGGAGUUCAAGCGGGUCGUGGCGAAUGCCGAGAAGCAGUUCAUUUCUUCUUUCAGUUGA